GAGACCACGAUCGCAAUGGCGGUGUGGCCUGCCAGUUUUGUGAUAUCCGACAGAUAGGCACUAGUUUUCAUAAGAGAAGUUUCCAUUAUUGUUGACAAUUGUUUGAGGACUUUUCCUACUGUUAUUUUUUAUAUUUUUUGUUGAUCAUGUAUUCCUGUGGACUGCUGCUGGUCCUCUUGAAUCUCUCGUCAGACGUGGGUGGAAGUGUCUCUCAGGCGGAGGUAGACAGACAUCUGGAGCAGGGGAGAGAAUUUCUCGCCAUGGGAAAACUCCAGGAUGCAUUGACAGAGUAUCAUUCUGCUGUUCGCGGUGAUCCAAACAACUACCUGACAUACUACAAACGCGGGGCCGUGUUCCUAGCCCUCAGUAAAUCCAAACAAGCCCUCCAGGACUUCGACAAGGUCCUCCAGUUGAAAUCCGAUUUCACCGCGGCUCGUCUGCAACGCGCGAAGAUCCUGUGGAAGCAAGCAGAGUUCGCUGAAGCCGAGCAGGAGUACCAAAACGUUCUCGACAUAGACCAGGACAACGCAGAGGCUUUAGCCGCUCUGAACAACAUCAACUCUAUGAAGAUGGCGUACUCCCUGGCGAAGCAGCAGAUGGAUGAAGGUCAUUACUCGACGGCGGUUGAGCUGCUAACUCAAAUCAUAGAAUUCUCACCCUGGGCUCUAGAACUAAGAGAACACCGGGCACACUGUCACGUGGCCUUGGGGAAUCAUUUGAACGCCAUUCCAGAUAUGAGGGCCUCUACUAAACUCCUCCCAGACAACACUCUUGGUUAUUUUAAACUUUCAACUACGCUUUAUCAACUAGGUAUGGUCGAAGACUCCCUAAGAGAGAUUCGAGAAUGCUUAAGACUGGACUCAGAGCACAAUCACUGUCUCCCCUUCUACAAGAAAUUGAGGAAAAUCUCCAAGAAAUUGAAGGAGGCGCUUGAGGCUGAGGAGUCUCGUGAUUUCGAAACUUGUGUGUCCUCUGCUCUCUCCAUCCUGGAUCUGGAGCCCAUCGUCGACAACGUCCGCUUCAUAGCCCACCACUUCCUCUGCAAGUACAGCGGAAUUGGCGACGACCCCAACCUGGCCAUCAAGCACUGUCAACAAGCCGUGAAAGUGAGACGAGAGCCUGGGAUUCUCUGCGACAGUGCCGAGGCCUACCUCAACGCAGAGAUGUUCGACGACGCCAUCAGGGACGCUAAGGAAGCCCUGGAAAUGGACGAAGGGUUCCAGAGGGCGAAGGAGCUCCUGCAAAAGGCCCAGCAGGAACAGAAAAGGUCGGAGCGUCGGGAUUACUACAAAAUCCUGGGUGUCCACAAGACAGCCACCAAGCAAGAGAUCAUCAAGGCAUACAGGAAAGCUGCCCAGAAGUGGCAUCCUGAUAAUUUCCAGGAUGGCACUGAGAAGAAGAAGGCGGAGAAGAAGUUCAUUGAUAUCGCAGCUGCCAAAGAGGUCUUGACUGACGAGGAGAAGAGGCGACAGUUCGACAGGGGGGAGGAUCCACUGGAUCCUGAGAGUGGAAAACAUUCGGGCUUUAAUCCCUUCCAGGAGUUUCAUCGGUUCCAUGGCUCGCCUUUCCAAUUUAAGUUCCAUUUUAAUUAGAAGUUGUUUUUUUUUAAUGAGAGACUUUGAUCGGUGGAACAGAAAAAAUGCUUCUUGUUUUCAGAACUCUUUUAAGGGAAAUUUUCACGUGUUCAAGAGAAUUUUCGCUUAUUUUAAGGUAUUUCUGAUUCUGGAAUUUAAAAUCUUGGGGAUAUCGGAAUAACAUUUACAUCAAAAGAAUUAGAUUAAAUGGUUUUAAAUUUAAAGAUUUUUCUCACUGAAAAUUAGUUCGUCCUUUGGUUCUAAAUUUUGGUAAUCAAUUUCUUAUUGUCAGUACCAUGCCUUCUAGAUUAGUAUCUUGGUUUUGGAAACCAGAAACUUUUUUUCUAUAAGUUUGGUAAAUUUAUAAUGGAGGGUGGAAAGUCAAGGGAUCUUUUUGUACAUAUGUCUUCGAUCAUUAUUCAAGGGAGGAGACAAGUGGUGAAAUGAUUUUAAUAGAAGGGAAGAAGAAAGAUCAAGAGUUUUUUGAGAUAAAGAUAAUUUAUCAUCGAGUCUCUUCAUAGAAUGCUAAUUCGAUGUCAGAGAUUUUUUCAUUUAAUUAUUUAUCUAAUCUAUUCUUUUGAACACAGAUUAAAUAAAUAAAUCAAUAACAAUUCUAUUCGAUUAAUUAUAGCAUUAUCUGGAGAAUAUCAAACUCUCGAAGAUUCUCGACAUCACUCAUUACCGAAAUAAUUGUGGAUUGGAAAUAAUUUCACCAUUCGACAGAUAAAAUUGAAAAUAUGUAAUUUAUAAAAUCGUAUUGAACAAUUCUCAAAUUGUAAAUGAUUUUCGUCAUCAAACAAUCCAAACAUUUUAUUAAUUAUCUCCCUUCGACGACACAAUCUCUUUGCAAUUUGUAUAUUUCUGGAAACAUUUGCAAUCCUAGUUUCCCCUAAAAAUAAAUACGAAAUACUAUUUAAAUGAGAUACCGCCGAACUGUACAGAACUGUAAUAUUUUCCCCCAUUUAAUCUUCCGUGAAGGUCAGUGGAUUUGAGUCUAGGGAGACUGAAGUUCUAGGGAAAUGACCACAGGUGGUAUCAGUUAAUCAACUGCUUCUUAUGUUUAUACCAAGUACGAGAGGUGUUUUUCGUAUGACUGAGUCGAAUGGUUAUUUCAUGUAUAUAUGGAUAAAUAUGCAGAACUGUAUCUUAUGAUGUUUGUAUAGAAAUAUAUCGAAAUCAUUUAUAAGAA